UGCCACAGCUUGCAAAACAAUGAAAAGUUUCAGUUUAGAGAAAUCGAAACUAAGCUUAAGCUGUUGGGUGUCUCUCUAUCUGUGAGUGCACGUACAAUGGCAGGAACUAAUAUUUCAGUAGCUCAGUUAAAUUGUUCAAUCUGUCUGAAUCUGACGGAUCCAGUGACCCUCACCUGUGGACACAGUUACUGUGUGAGCUGUAUUACAGGCUGCUGGGAUCAGGACGAUCAGAAGGGAGUCUACAGCUGCCCUCAGUGCAGACAGACCUUCACUCCAAGACCUGUUUUAGGUAAAAACACCAUGCUGGCUGAAGUGCUGGAGAAUCUGAGGAAGAGAAAACUAGAAGCUGCUCAACUUGAUCACUGUUAUGCUGAAUCUGGAAAUGUGGAGUGUGAUGUCUGUACUGGGGAGAAAAAAAAAGCCAUCAAGUCCUGUCUGGUGUGUCUGAACUCUUACUGUCAAAACCAUUUUGAAUGUCAUGAAGAACUUCACCCAGGAAAACGACAUAAAGUCACUGAUGUCGCUGGACAACUGCAGGAGAUGAUCUGCACUCAGCAUGAAAAGUUGAAGGAAAUUUUCUGUCGUACUGAUCAGUGCUGUAUAUGUUAUCUUUGUAUGUUGGAUGAACAUAAAAAACAUGACACUGUAUCAGCUGGAGCAGAGAGGACUAAGAAACAGACACAAUUGGAUGAGAUACAAAGAAAAUUCCAGAAGAGAAUCCAGGAGAGAGAGACAGAGCUUGAGGAGCUGAGAGAGUCUGUAGAGUCUUACAAGCGCUCUGCACAGACAGCAGUGGAGGACACUGAGAGGAUCUUUACUGAGCUGAUCCGCUCCAUUGAGAGAAGGCACUCUGAGGUGACACAGCUGAUCAGAGAUCAGGAAAAGACUGCAGUGAGUCGAGCUGAAGAACAACUGAAACGACUGGAGCAGGAGAUUAAAGACCUGAGGAGAAGAGACACUGAGCUGGAGCAGCUUUCACACACAGAGAACCACAUCCAUUUUCUCCAGAGUUUCCAGUCUCUCUCUGUUUCUCCAGGAUCUAAAGAAACACCCAGCAUCACUGUCAGCUCUUGCCUUUCUUUUAAUGAUGUUGGUAAAUCUGUGUCUUAUCUAAGAAAAAAACUUGAACAUUUCUGCAGAGAGGAUAUUGAAAAGAUUCAUGGUAAAGCAAAAUAUAUUGAGAUCAUUCCCAACCCUGAAUUCAAGACAAGGGAUGAGUUUCUACAGUAUUUCUUCCAGUUCACAGUGGAUUCAAACACAGUUCAUAAAAACCUCCAUCUGUCUAAAGGGAACAGAGUAAUUACUUACACUUUCAGAGACCAGCAAUAUCCUGAUCAUUCUGACAGAUUUGAUACUGCAGAGCAGGCAUUGUGUGAAGAGAGUGUGUGUGGACGCUCUUACUGGGAAGUGGAGUGGAGUGGUCGGGUGGAAAUGUCAGUGUCAUAUAAGAGCAUCAGCAGGAAGGGACAAGAUGAUGAUGAUGGUAGUGGUGACAACAAUGAAAAGGACAAAAAUGAAGAAGAUGAUAAUAAUUAUGACACAUGUGAAUUUGGACGUAAUGAUCAGUCCUGGAGUUUGUUCUGCUCUGACUCCGGUUGCUCAUUCUGGCACAAUAACAAAGGGACUAAACUCCCUGCAGUCUCCAGAUCUUCUAGAAUAGGAGUGUAUGUGGAUCACGGUGCAGGGACUCUGUCCUUCUUCAGUGUCUCUGACACAAUGACCCUCAUUCACAGAGUCCACACCACAUUCAUUCAGCCUCUCUAUCCUGGGUUUAUGAAUUAUAAUGACUCAAUUGUGAAACUGUGUGAGAUAUCAAAAUAUUAAUACAUUCUGUAAACUGUGAAAAUAACCAAUAACAAGCUUUAAACAAUAAAUCAAUACUACAGCUGAAAUGUUAUUAAAAACAAGUUCAGGACAUAUUAUUGGAGCUUAAAUGUUUCAUCAGAUUGAUUUAAUAAAGGUUAAUAAAUAAUAGGGCCUAGAAUCAUUUGUGUUUACAGACAUUGUGA